AGAUUAUUCCGAUUAAAAACUCCAUAUUCUUUUCUUUAAGAACAAGCCAAACAGAGGUUUUAGUUUUUUGCUCUCUCACACACACAUCGCAGCUGCUUCGUCUUGCAUCGAGUUUUUCAGUCAUGGCGGCUCUACGGUAUUUGGAAUCACUUUGCAAUGCCAAUCCAGAGCUUUCCGAUUGGUACACUACGCUAUCAGAUCUGUACCAAAGAAAGCUCUGGCACCAGCUUACUCUCAAGCUUGACCAGUUCGUUUCACUUCCCCUUUUUCAGGCUGGUGACACACUAAUACAGUUGUAUGACAACUUCAUCACUGAUUUUGAGACAAAGAUCAAUCUUCUCAAGCUUGCACAUUUUGCGGUCAUUGUUUCUCGGCAAUACCCUGAGAAAGAGGCUGCUGUAGGUUACCUUGAAGGAGUGACUGAGAAACUUCGUAAUACUAAAGAGACACGGAUAGAGGAGCCGAUUCUUUAUAUUAAGAUGCAGAUUGCCCUGUUUAAGCUUGAGCAAGGGGAUCAAAAAGAGUGCCAGAAACUUUUAGAUGAAGGGAAGACUACACUUGACAGUAUGACUGACAUUGAUCCAUCUGUUUAUGCGAGCUAUUAUUGGGUUUCAUCUCAGUAUCAUAAAGCUCGCCAGGACUUCGCCGAGUUCUACAAGAGUUCUCUUCUUUAUCUUGCUUACACUUCAGUGGAAUCUCUUUCUGAAUCAUUUAAGCUG